ACACAAACAUCAAGUUACUUGUAUGACGUCAUAUUAAUUACGAACAGAGACAGUGAUACAAAGUGAAGAAUACGGAUGUUAUUGAUUUAGUUGUCUAGUGAAUAUUUAUCGUCAGUUGUGCGAGUGAUAUGAACUUGGACCGUCCACUGUUUUUCGUUUUUAUUUAAACAUCGUAAACAUGGAAAUAGUGGAAAUAGCGGAAAUAGUGGAAGUAGUGUGGAUUUUCGGAAGGAAUGAUAGAUGCAACUCGACUGAUAAUCUUUGAAAAGAGUCAUUGAACAUUUGAUCGUGAGGCGAAAGGAAAGAGCAUAAUUAGUGAGGUGAAGUAGAAUAUAUAAAUAUGUUGUGAUAUGAACGGAUGAAGUGGGAAUAGAGGGAAUUUCUACUAGCCAUGGAUUCAACGAGACUUGGUGCAGGCCCUACUCCGGAAAGUGGUGGAACAGAGCAUGGAACAACGGUUCCAAGCUACACCACUGGUCUAACUGGUGAUGGCAAUGUUGAUUAUAUCAUCAGCGAUUACAUGGAACGCCUAGGAGAACGUUUGAAUAUUCUCGAAACGGAAUUGAAAUACGCUUGGAGAGCCUUGGAUCUUCUUAGUCAGGAAUACAUUAAAAUGUGGGAGAGAUUAGAAAAGCUUGAGGGUCUGUUGUACGAGCAGCAAACGGUGAUCAGCCAGUUGAUUGAAUUUUAUGCAAGUACCGGAGACAACGAAACUAGUGGUAAUAUUGUUGGUGAAACAUUAAUGAGGCAGCAGGGUUCAGUCGGAGAAUUGGAUGCGAUAGCUAAGAGUCUUGGGCCAGCUAUGGGAAUCGAGGAGACUAGUGUAUUGAGAGAGAAACUUGCACAGCAGGAACUGGCGAGAAUGCAUGGUUUAGUCCAGAAUAAUAGUGGUACUGUAGCAGUUAUUGCUGAUAUGCAUAGAGCUAAUGCCAGGCAUUUGGAUAGUCUCGAGACUCUUGAAGAAGAGUCUAAUCUUCCGGAUGAGGCAUUCUAUCGCAGUCUUAAUAAUGCCUACAGAGAGGAUCUAAUUUGCGGUGAGACGUCUAGGUCCAGCUCUCAAUUAGGAAUGAUAUGGGAGGAAGCUGAGGAUGUUGAAGAUUCAAAUGGAAAAAAAGAUAUGGAAAUGGGAAAAGUAUUUGGUGGUAAGUCUAGUGCAGAGGGUGAUGGUAUUGGCGAUGAAACACCUGCUAUGCAAACCGAGGGAUUCUCCAAGAGUGAGCUUGGUGAUGAUGAUGAUGAGGAUGAUGAUGAAAUUCAGUUACAGCAACGAACAACGAUCGAUGAUGGCGAUGAAGAUGAAGAGGGAGAAAUUUUUAGUGCAGCUGAUUAUAAGAGUUAUCGUGGCAAUACACCCUGCGUUAGUGAGCAAGAUCUCGCACAAUUAUCAAAGCUAAGUUCUCUUGAUCAGGUUGCCCUUGAUCAACUUCAUACUAUUGAUAAGUUAACAAGCAGACUGCAAAAAGACUCACAGGAGCUCAUUGAGCUCAAUAGUAGACUCAUAGAUUCACCAAAAGGUCCAUAUAAUACAGACGCUGAGUCUAAAUUGGUGGAAGAAGCGAACAGUAUAGAUGAACAAAUACGAAAAAUUUAUGCUGAGACUGAUGUUGACAAUUGGACGUACUCCAAGAGUCCUGGAUCAACAGGCCGAUCAAUUUCAAGAGUUAGCACUGAUAGUGGAUUAGCAACUGAUGGUGAUUUCACUGCUAGAUCCAUCUCACCAAGACUGAAUACCCCAAAGUCUCAUCUUGAUUCUAUGGCAUCUACAUAUUCAUCAUCGAGAGUUGGCUAUGCUCCUGGCUCGUCAUUAGAAAAAAGUCCAGAGCCCGUGGUAUCACUACCCAUCGAUCCUGGAAAUUUUGCCAAAGGUUAUGCUGAAAAUAAAGAACUUACAGAUUUAAUGGCCGAGAGCCUCGUACCCAUCACUUGCAACUCACCCAACAUUUUCGGUGUUAAAACCGAUAAACUACCUUCACCCACAUUAUCAGCAGGGAGUGUUCAAAGUCUGAGAACUCGUCGGGAUGGUUACUUCGAUAGUUCACCGAGAUUGAAUUUAGAAUUUGCGGAAACUAGAACACCUCCAAGUUCCCCCCCACCGCCAGCACCUAGAGAUCCAGCGGAUGCUUUUCUCAUGACGAGCGGAUCGGAUCAACGUGAUGUAAAAACUCCCGGGAAAAUAGAACAAGGAAGAUUGAGUCCUCACUCACCAAAAUCACCAAAAGUAUCUCCAAAACAAAGUACCAAAGUUGUGGGUACCAGUAUCAAUAUUAUCAAUGCUAAAUCAGAUUCAGGCUUAUCAUCGAUGAGUGGUUGGAGCAGUCUCGAUAAAUCACCAGGCUCACCGAAAACUUGUCUCGCUAAAAUCUUCACAUCCUAUUCAUUAGACCAGACUCGAGCCACUUUAACGAGUGACAUUAAACCAUUGAGAUCAAGUCCUACGCCGUCGGGCCCAGAUAAAUCAGGAGUAACGACAAGUGCACCCACUAUUAUUCAAGAGCCUCUAUAUGACACCCCUGAAGGACGAGAUACAUUAAACAGCCUUACAGCCUCCGGAUAUUCAGCGAAAUCAGCAAAUCACUCAUCCCUCUACUUGGUCAAAUCACCAGAGCCUAAGGACGACUACAAUAUCGUACCUCCUCCUGCUCCAAGCCCAGUUGGACCAGCAGGAGUACCAGCGGCAGCAGCAAGUCCCAAAAAACGUGGUAGAACACAGAGUCUUCAUCACACAUAUGAUUCCGUACCACCUCCUGGUACCGGGGAUUUUAUUUACGGCCAAGAGCAGCCAGCCAUUUACUCUGUGGCAGGAAGUAAUCGUCAAAAUGUCAUCACUGGCUUAUACACAAGUGGAUCAACUUUCAGUGGCACAUACGGAUCCAGAAUCACCAGUACCGAUCAAUUUUAUAAUGACGAUGAUACAGAUCAAUGUAGAGGUAAUUAUGAUGAAUCUUACAAUGCUCUUCAGUAUGCAGAAACUUCCUUGGGACAAGGGCGAAAACCAACGAGAGCAAUGUCCUUCGGUGAAGGUAUAAGUAAUCAUGAUAACUAUAAAGCAACUGUUUAUAAGAAUAUGUUCCUCACUGGGCAUAUUACAGAUGCCCUUUCUUAUUACCCAACUUCCGUCAAUCUUCCGUGCACAGAAUCUAAUGAAAUUCCUUGGCUCAAUACACUGGAAUCCCAAAUACCUCAUGAUUCCACGUCCUCGAGUAUAAGGUCUUUGACUUCUGAUGGAAGCUAUACGCAGAGCCCGUACACCGAGAGAAGAUAUCCACAGCCUCCUACCUAUGUCGGCCAUCAAUAUCAUCACUCAUACAUGUCUCAGCAAUAUCCACACAAUCCGCAAUCUUAUCAGCAGCAGUAUCAGCCUUACAAUCAGAGGCUACCGAGUACAGAGAGCGCUCAGUUAACCGAUCAUUAUCAAAAGCAAUGGCAAAGAGAGCAUCAUCAAUAUCUACACGAUCAAGAUUCCUCUAGACCAGCAAGCGCACAAUCCCAGAGUCAACAGAAUAGCUAUUAUGAUGCAUCGAAUGUUAUUGUCUCACAAUCUGGUUACAUCAGUAUUGCAACUGACAUCAAAGAUCACGAAGUAGCUAAGAUGCCUAAGAAAAUUCGUCGAGGUGCAUCUUUGAAGAAUGCAAUGACAUCCAUGAGCCAUUGGCUACCCGAUCUUCAUCAUCUGACAAAGAGACACAGAAGUCAGUCGUUGCCUGGUGGAGUGAAGAAAGAAGAUUUCGAAAUAUCUGAGCCACCUUAUCAAUCUUCUAACAUUCAGCAGAUCAAUGUUUCCGCACGGGGACGCGGACGUCCAGGGCAGACUGCCAGGAAGAAGAAAAAACAUAUUCUGGUAUCAACCGUGUCUGGUAUUCUUCAAAAAGCCAAACGAAAGAGUCACCAUCACUCAUCAUCGCUCUCUGAUCCAGAGCAAUCUGAAACUGAAUGGAGCAGUGGACGACAAAGUGGCUUAUCCGAGGAUGAAGAUAGUUUGACCUCUGAUAUUAAUCAAGAUCCACCCUUCUUCGCUAAAGUUCGUGCUAGUACAAAGAGAAAAGGAUUGCCGAUAUCACAAUCAUCGUCAGAGCCUCCUCCUCUGCAAUCUCCAAGUCAAUCAUUGCAGUCUCCACAGCAGAUCCAAUUAUCCAAUUUUCAACAGCAAAAGGAUUAUCUUCAACAGCAGAUUCAGCAACACCAAGAACAACUUCAGCAGCAGGUUGCACAGGAUAAUUGGCAGAAAGAACGAGAAACACGUUCGAUCAAACGGGAAAACAGUGAACAUGAUUUUUCCGAGGAAAAUAUGGGUCCACUAGCACUCGAUGAUGGACAAGAGUUAGGGUCAGGAAAGAGUACAGGAUCGGGAUCAGGUGGUUCUAUGACAAUGUUCCCAACAGUCGGUGAUAUUAAAAAAUCAACAGGUAGCUCCGACGAAGCACCCAAUGAAAAAGCACCAAAACUUCCACCUGUUACAUUAAUGGGCGGUGCAAGUAUGGAAUUUGCAGUUUCCCGAGCUCUUGGAAAAUAUCGUCAACGUCAAUCCUCUACAGUAUCAGACGAUCAACCACUGACUGAAGAUAUUUCUACUGACAGAAAAUUCGAGGAUGAACAGUCGCAAAUGGAUAUUAAAGAAGAGAUCAAUGAGAUGGAACAACAACAACAAGAACAACAACAAUUAAUUGUUGAGGAAAAGAAUGACAAGGUAGCGAGUGCAAAGCCUCCAGAGUUGGUGACAAGUCUGUCCGAGGAGGCGCCAAUAUCAGAGGGAAGUCCAUCAGCAUCUAGCACACGAGGAUACAUUGCCAAUAGAUUCUUACCUAGACAUCAGCAAUCAUUAGAAAUUCCAUGGGGAGGAUCUCGCAGUGGAGAGGGAGAUGAGGAUAACAGGAGUACCCAUUCCUAUAGAAGUACAUCACGUGUAUCAUCACGACGUCAAAGUACCGAAGAUUCAAUUGAUUCUGAAGAUGAAUGGUACUGCUAUGAAUUGAGAAAACUUGAAGAAAUGGAAAGACAGUCGCAAAUGGAGAUUGAAAUGUCCGAAGUGCUGAUAGAAGUACCAGAAGAUGCGGAGUCUUAUCAACCUGAUGAUGACGUCAAAGAAAGAAUGUCUUUUGUCCUGAGGGAACUCAAGCUGAAAGCUGUAUCAAGAGAGGAUGAUGAGGAUUUUAAAAGUACUGAUAUUGUGCAAAAGGGUACUGGAAUUAUCAAUGGAAAUAUAUCUGUACUUGUGAAGGAUAAGUAUUUAGAGGACGAUGGUAAGCCGAUUCCGAGAAAAAAAACAGCGGAAAGCAUUGAAACGGUAUUCGCUCGAGUCACUGAUUACCACACUUGGGCACACGAAGAAGAAGCUAGACGAGAUGAAACUAGGGCCCUACUACCGAUGGAUGAUGAAGGCUCGUCAGGUGAAACAUCAGGACCAGAUAGUCCAGCUCAUUCAAUGGACGAAAUGGAGGAGGAGGAACUAGAUCUGCGUAAAGAUUUAGAAGAGCAGUCACGAAGAAGCUCAAGCGGUUCCACAAUGCGUCGCGAUGGUGAAAAACUUCUUCAGGGCUCUGACUCUCUGUCACGUGAAGGUAGCGUAAGUGUAGCACCUAGCGAAGUCUCGUUCGGUAUCCCGGCUCAAUGGGAUUCUGAAAGCACUGUCGUUGAAGGAGAACGAGAUGGUGCCGGCAGCGCAGAAACCACAACACUGAGUCUUCCAAAGAUCAAAAUUGAUUCUUCCUCUUGCGGUAGCUCCGAUACAACAUUGAAGGAUGAACAGGUCAGUCCCGGUGGUCCAUCUGGAUCUCGAUGGAAGCUCCUCAAAACAUUAAAAGAACGUAAGGCUGGGGAUAAACUUAAGGAACUUGAAGAAGCAGCUGCUAAAGAAAAUGCUCUAUCACAAUCAACACCAGUGAGUAUCAUGAUCAAAUAAAAAGACCAGAUCAUCUUAUCAUAGACUCUCGAGAUCUCGUACGUAGUCCGAUAUAAUAGUUCAAUCAUUUUUUUCAACAAUUUUUCAAGCAUUUUUCACCAGCAUACCGUAGUCCUUAAGUCCUUAAGUAUUUCAUCCAUCAAAUUAAUUUCCCACUUUUUCGCUUCUCGUAAGGUUCAUAUAAUAACGAAUAGAUAUUGUAAUACCACAACAAUGUAGUCAAUAUGUUGAAUCUACCCGAAUUUAUUACUCAAAUCCCCUCAAAAAUUCAUAAAGCAAAAAUUUAAUUUCAUCAUUAGACGUAAUUAGAUCGAAUGAUCAAUUGGAAAAAAAUCAUUAAUCAUACCGAAAACAGUCAAUAAUAAAAUGAUUUGCAAUUAAAUCGUACGAAUCACAUAUAUAAUAGUAUCAAUAGUAGAAGCUUGCAGCGAAUUAAGCUCUCAUAAGUAGUUGAGUUUGAACGAUCAGGGGAUCUUAAUGUAUAGCCGGAAGUGUCAAUUCUCUAGCGUCAAUUUAUUUAUCAUAAAACUCCUCAUCUUUUCAAUUUUUCCAUUUUAGUAAAAUAAAUAAAGAACAGAUGCAAAACGUAAUCGUGGCUGAAGAAAUUCCGAGGAAUCAUUCUUUCUUUCAUAGUUGUCGUUAAAUAAAAAGCUUUUUCACCACCGCGCAUAGUGAGGGUGGAUGAACUAUGAGAGGAUAUCAAUGUUAGUCCUGGCAUUUAUUCGAUGAUGAUAGGUAGAGGAUAAAGAGAGGAAAUUAUUGAGCUAGAGGUGAGAAUAGCUAAGAUAUCCCUUGCAUAUGCACAACUCAUAAAAUAUUUGCCUAUCCCUUGACAUUUGCAUCAUUAGAAAAAUAUUAGUCAUUACUUCAUAUCAGUAACAUUGGGAUAUUCGUACUAGAUAUCAUAUCAUUAUGUCUCAUGCGUAUUAAUGCGGUUAUAGGACUCGGGUAUAACAAAGCUCUAGUUAUUAUGCUCAAUGCCGAACAAAAUAGUUCAAUUAAAUGAUAAAGCUUUCGACUUACUGCUAAUGGCUGGACUCAUUAAUAAUUAUCAAUUGGCAGAGGUAAUGCGUGUGUCAACUGUGCAGUAUUUGCUGCAUAUUAUUCAGAUAAAUAAUUUGACAUUUCAAUUAGAGACAUAUCAUUGUAGCAGUAGGGCCAAAAAAUUCAUUUUAAAAUAUAGAAUAUUUAUCACGCCGCUUGUAUCAACCUACAAUUAGAUUUAAUCCCGUAGGAUAACUAUUCAUUGAAUAAUUACAAUGUAUACCGAAAUAAUGCAGAGUUAUGAUGGAGUAACAAUUGUUAUAAUAAAAAAAAAUCCCCGGGCACUUGAAAUUUCGGCGAUUUACCUUUAAUUGAUGAGUUUUCCAGUUUUAUUUGGUAAUAAUGACGACUUACUUCCAGCAAAAUAGUUAUAUAUUUCAGAUGUAUUAUUUUCGAUAAUUCUAAUUGACUCCAUAUUUAAUGCGCUCUCAUUCUUGAAACGCCAAAAUGAAAAACAGCACGAAUAAAUUCCAUAUCUUCUCAUUAACAAUUAUGUCAAUAUAAAUCGUAUGGAAUAGUUAUUUGUUACGUUGCGCAUACUGUGAAGAAAAAAAAAUUAUUUACACUUGUUAUGCUAUUAAUAAGUUUUGUAAGUUUUAGGCGACUGAAAACUGUUUAUGAUAAUUGUAUACUAUACUAUCUAAUAUGAACAAUUUUACAAGUAAUCUUAAGUGCAAAAAUUGGCUUUUCUACACAAACCCCAAGCAGAUGAUGCUCACUAUAUGAUAAAUUGAAGAUAUACAAGAUUUUGGAUCUCAAAUUGAUAAUUAAUAAAAAAAUGAAGCCUGACUUAUUGAUAUAUUAUCGGAGGGAACCAAAAAUCCAUUGUUGUUUACUUUUUUACCGGUUAAAAUCAUUAGUCAUUCAAAUCAGCUGUAUAUUUCGGUGAACGAUGAUUCAUUAAUGAUUGAUAAAAUUUAUGAUACGGCACUAAUUAUUGAACAAUUGACUAAAGUGAAAGGACAUUUUGCAAGAAGGACUGAAAUUAUUUGUCAAGUUGGAACAGGUAAAUAAUAAAGACUCGAUAAACUUUAAAUUGUCAUCUAGCUGAAAGACGAAAAAGUUGAUAUGCCGUUUUCAUAUUCUUUAUUAUUCAACUACUUAUGCGCAUCUAAAGUAGUUUAACAUUGUGUCAUAAUUUAUCUAUUUUUAUGUAAUAAAUAUUUUUUAGCGAGACAGAGCAUUGUGAACAUCGCUUGUCCACGAAAUAAUCAUCACUCAUAAUAUAACAUUAUUGGUAUUUAUUGUAUUUAUUGUCAAAUCAUCGUGGACUUGCGUACGUAAAAUUAUGAAGACUGUGUAUCUCUACCAUCGUCCGCAUGUUAUUUACAAACGCACCACAUGCGUUCCUCUCUGAACUGUUAAA